AUGGACGGAACAGCCAAGGUGGAGAACGCUCCGUCUCAACGCAGGGAGGUCUGGGCUCGCCGCGCCGAGUUUGUCCUGGCAAAUUUGGGAUACGCAGUCGGCAGUGGCAAUGUGUGGCGAUUCCCUUAUAUUUGUUACCGCAACGGAGGAGGAGCCUUCCUGAUCCCCUAUGUUAUGGCGCUUUUCCUCUGUGCCGUCCCCAUGGUCUUCCUGGAGUUUGUCCUGGGCCAGUCCACCCAAAGGGGCACAACCCAGGCAUUUGCCCUGAUAUGCCCCUUGAUGAAAGGAUUAGGUUUUGCUCCAGUAAUAAUGUCGUACCUGACAUGCAUCUACUUCAGCACCACCGUGAGCUGGACUCUCUUCUACCUGCUAAGCUCGUUCAGCAACCCACUACCCUGGACAUAUUGCAACGCCACCUGGAACGUUGCAGAAAACUGCUCCAUCAGCGACUACAGCAACGCCACUCACCUGAGCUCUCCAAGCCAGCAGUUCUUUGACUACCGGUUGCUGGGGAUCAGUGAAGGGAUCGACAUGAUGGGGAGUAUCCGAUGGGAGCUAGCUGGCCUACUUUUGCUAGCCUGGCUAACAGUGUACCUCUGCCUCUUCAAGGGAUUACAUUUCACUGGAAAGGUGGUGUACUUCACGUCUCUGUUCCCGUAUGUUGUGCUGCUGUCUCUGCUCAUCAACAACGUGCGUCUGCCCGGAGCUACCGAUGGCAUCCUCUUCUUCCUCACGCCACAGUGGCACAGACUCCAAGAAGUGCAGAUUUGGCUUGAUGCGGCCUGUCUGAUCCUUUACUCCACUGGAGUUGGCUUUGGAGUUAUGGUUUCCAUGGCUAGCUACAACAAAUUCAGCGACAUCCUCAGGGACUCUCUCAUCGUGUCUGUUGCUAAUGCAGCCACUAGUAUCUUUGCUGGCUUGGUCAUCUUCUCUGCUAUUGGCUACUUGGCCCAGCUGCGCAAGCUUCCUGUGAAAGACAUUGCUGCGGCAGGGCCUGGAUUGGCAUUCAUUGUUUACCCAGAAAUUCUCACCCUCAUGCCUGUAGCACAGCUUUGGGCUGUUCUGUUUUUCUUAAUGCUCUUCCUUCUAGGCACUGGUAGUCAGUUUCCUCUCGUAGAGGUGGCGGUGACGUGUGUGAAAGAUAGUUUUGGUGCGAUGCUGCCCCCUUCUGCCAGACGCAAGGAAGUGCUGGUGGCCUUGAUCUGCGUACCUGGGUUCCUCAUUAACCUGUUGCAUGUCACACAGGGAGGAGUGUAUUUGUUUUAUCUGAUGGACCACUUCACAGUUUCUCUGUCCGUUUUAACUGUGGCUUUUACAGAAGCAGUGGUCGUCAUAUGGAUUUUUGGGAUACGGCGCUUCUCUGUGCUUGUACAGAGGAUUACGGGCGGGCCUCCUCCUCUGUUUUUCAAGGCCUGUUGGCUGGUCAUCACCCCAGUCCUCCUCUUUGUGAUUCUGAUCUCUAGAUUUGUCCAGUACUCGCCCCCUCGGUAUGGGAAGAGCUAUGAGUACCCGGUGUGGGCUCAGGUCCUGGGCUGGAUGUUCACACUGGCCUCCAUGGUCUGGAUCCCUCUGGGGGCCCUGCACGAGCUCUACCUCCGGAAGGGCACACUGAUACAGCGACUCAGAGCAUCUGUAGUUCCUGAGCUGUCUGUUACUGACCCUCCCAAACAACAGGGGGAGUGUGUUCCCCUGAGCAGCAUCUGACAGCAACCAGCAUGCCACACACACAGCCCAACCUUUAUAUCUUUUGUGGGGCCCUUGUGGAGCCCUUUCAGAGACAGGAGAAUAGGGGCCCCUCCUAUCUUUGUGGGGGCCUUCCAUUCAUAUUAACAAUAGCUAAAGAAUGCUAAACUGUGCCCAAACCAAAACAGUCCCUAACCCUAACAUGUCAGUGGGGAAAUGUUUUACACUUUUACCAGUAACAACAAAACUACCCCAGCAAAAGGGGUCAAAACAUGUGCAGUCCAGGAUUUGGGCCCCACAUGGAGCAAGGGCCCACCCUUGUUGGUGUGCUCCAAUAGCAGUGGCCUCACGCAGGUAGAUUGGUGCAGUGCAGUACACACCCACACACCCACACACCCACAC